CGGAAGUAGAAGGGCCUGGCGUCUCCAUGGCGGCGUCCCUGGGGCAGGUGCUUGCCCUGGUACUGGUGGCCGCACUGUGGGGAGGCACGCAGCCGCUGCUGAAGCGGGCCUCCUCCGGCCUGCAGCAGGUGCAUGAGCAGACAUGGGCCCGGCAGCUGUUACAGGAGAUGAGGACUCUCUUCUUGAAUACUGAGUACCUGAUGCCCUUUCUCCUCAACCAGAGUGGCUCUCUUCUCUACUACUUGACCUUGGCCUCAACAGAUCUGACUUUAGCUGUGCCCAUCUGUAACUCUCUGGCCAUUGUCUUCACACUGAUUGUUGGGAAGGUUCUUGGAGAAGAUAUUGGUGGAAAACAAGCUGUGGCCGGCAUGGUGCUCACCGUCGCAGGGAUCACACUUUGUAUCACAAGCUCAGUGACCAAGGCCCAGGGUCAACCAUUGGCCUCGUGAGUGGGCCAACCCCAACUUUCAACUCUCCUGUGCUCAGCCAGGCACUGAGGUGCAGGCGAGCUUCCUCAGCCCUCAGCCACACCUACCUCAUGGGCCACUAGAAGAACAGUACUGUCCAUCAUUCCA